AUGGAUUAUUAUGCGACGAAGAGGAAGCAACUUCAAUCACUCUGUAAACAGCACGGAAUUCCUGCAAAUUUAAGGAACACUGAAAUGGCCCAUAAGCUUACUUUGCUUCUCAAGGAAGAUGAAAAACUCAGUGAGCCAGUCUGUAAAAAUUUAGAAGAAAAUGAAGGGGGAAUUGAUUCUGAGGUUGAGACAAAGAAGGUGAAGAAAGUAAAGUUCAGUCCAGAAAAUCAAACGUUUUACUUUGUGGGUACGGAUAAUGACUCAAACUCAGAUUGUGAUUACAAUCCAAAGAAGAAACAGGGGAGAAAGAGGAAGUCCAUGGUUGUUAAGAAGGUUCAGGUUUUUGAAAUUUCCAGAGGACUCGAACACUCUCACAAAAUUAUUGACUCCCCAGGUAGAGUUACAAGGUCCAGAGCACAAAAAAUGGAUGAAGGCAAUGCAGAAGCAGUUUUUUCACCUCUUCCUGGGAAGAAGAAAUUGACAAAUCGAGUGAAAAAGGUUGAUAGCUGUGAUAAGCCUCCUCCGGAGGUUGAGUUAAUUGAGAGAGUGGAUAGUAAUGCGGAACAUGCUAAUUCGAAUGGAGGGUUGAUUCAAAGGCAGUUGAGAAGCAGGGUGGUGGUGAGUGGUGAUGGUGGAAAUUCACUGGUUUUGAGGAAGAAUCUAGUGCCAAGGGGUUCAAAGAAACCCAAACAAAAUAAAGGAAAUGUCACAAAGGUUGAAGGCUCAAGUGUUCUGAGUGAAAAAUUGGGGAAAACUGAUCUUGGUGGUAGUAGGAUCACACGGUCUCGGACUCAGGUUGGAGGGAAUAGUUCUGGAGUUGAAAGUAAAACAGAUAUUCUCGAAGUUCAGGAAAAAGGACAAGAAGUGCUUCAACUUGAAGAAACCUGUAAGGGCCUAGAUAGAAAGCAUUUGAGGCGGAAGUCUGCUGUACCUCUGAAGAGGAGUCUGGAAGGUGACAACCUUGCUAAUGAAGCUGUUGUACCUGGGAAGACCCUGAGGAGGUCAAAACGAAAUUUAGCCAGGGACAGAGACUCUGCAAGUGGGCCAUUGGCAGAAACCAAACUUGUUGGUAGGAGCGAAAAGUCUAAAACCAAGUUUAUGGGAAAACCUUCGGGCCAAGAAGAAUGUGAACUUGAAGAACCAUCAAAGGACGGGCAGAAAAUUCCUGUGUUCCAGAAGGGCAAGGAACUGGCGAAAGGUGAUACUAGAAAAAGACCAAGGAAUAUAGAUUUGGAAAGAGCUUCCAAAGUUGAGUCAAGUGUAGAAAGAAUGGAAGAAAAUGUUGCUCUCCUACCCAAUGGUCCUUUAAGGAGAUCCAGACGCAUAACUACAUUGUUUUCCUCUGCUGCUCAUGAUGAUAGGGAGUUUAGAAUUUGUGAAGCUGCUGGAACUGUGAAGCAAUCAACAGCUGCUGGAACAGUGAAGCAACCAGUUCCUGACAAGGGUACCAAUGUGUCUCAAUCUCUAAGGCGUUCUAGUCGGAAUGCUUGUGAAAAGAUACUAACAGAAGCCACUGGGGACAUGUGUGGAAUUGCCAAUGGUGUUAAAAAGGAUGGUCUUGUGAAGCAAAUACAAGAGCCAACAUAUGAGAAGGAAAGUUCAUUAAUUGUGCAUGAUUCUUUAAAUAAAAGCCCACAAAGACGAUCCUCACGUAUUUUGUCCAAAAGUGGCUUGGUUGCACCUACAGGACGCACUGGUAUAGCUGCUGGAAAGAACAAAAAGAGUGAAUCUAGGAUGCCAAUUAUAAAGGAAAAGGUCUCGUUUGCUAAAAUCAAUUCACCCCUUGAAGAAAAUCCGAGUAUAGAUAUUAGAUUGAAUAUUCCAGAAGCUUCAGGAAAUGGGAACAAUACUGAUUCUUUCUGCAGCAAAGGUCUGGAAAGGUCAAGCAAGCAGAGGAAGGGAUCAAGCAAACAGAGGAAAGGAUCAAGCAAGCAGAGGAAGGGAUCAAGCAAGAAGAGGGAAUCUGCUGGAAGGGGUCAGCCUGUUUAUGAUGAAGUAUCUACUGCAUAUUCUAUCAUGGAGAAGGCCAUGGACAUUUCAGGUCAUCUGAAGGACAAUCAGAUCUCAGAAUCAAUGAAGUUUCAAGGUAUAUCUACAGUGCAGAAGCCACAGAAUGUGACAGAACCCCUGACUAACGAGAUGGAAAAUAGCAUCCCGGAUAACACUACUGCAUGUGAUAUGGAUUAUCAUUCUUAUCUGUCUUUGAACAAAGGUCAUACUGGCCAUGCUAUUGCAGUUGAACAAAACCCAGUAGAAUGUCCAGAUAAGUUCGGCAAUGUCGUUUCUUCCAAAGUUACCUGUCCAAGUGAUGGCCACUCACCUACCUAUCAACCAGACUGUGAAGGUGAAUGUUCCAACCUGUUGGACUUGAAAAAUGGAUUGGAAACAGAUGAGUCAUUAACUGUUAAAACCUCAAACCAAAGGAUUGAUGUGGUGGAUGAUCAGUUAGAAGGUGGUAGCAAAGUUAGUGUUCCUGAGGAUCAAAACUUAGUUCAAUUGGAUGCUAGUGGGAUUGAUCAACCAGUACUUGUAGAACAAGUUCUUGAGGAUCAUCUAACUGAACUUGGUGAAAAUAAGGAGUCAGACAGCAAUAAUGCAAAGUCCUCUGAAUUAGUAGAAGAAAUAUGUGCUUUCAGUUCUUGUGACAGAGAAGAAACGGUUCAGGUUGAUGUAGGUUCUACUGCUGAAACUAGUGCAGAGACAGAUGGAGACAUCCAUCUGGGUAGAAUUGUUCUCAGUGAUACUGCUGUAACUCUGUCCAAAUCUUCACUAGUAAAGGAAGCUACUGAUUCUUGCUGCAGCAAAGAAGCUGUUGAAAAAUCAAGCAAUAAGUGGGAAUCUGCUGCAAUGGAUCAGCUAUCAAAGUAUAAUAAUUUACAAGGUAUAUUUACAGUCCAAAACGCACAGAAUGUAAUGGAGCCCGUGACUAACGUGAUGGAAAAUGUUAUGGUAGAUAGUGGAUUGAAUGUCCCAGAGAACGCUACUGUACGUGAUAUGGAAGAUAAUUACUAUCCGUCUUUGGACAGAGGUGAUAGUGGUCAUAUUAUUGCAGUUGAACAAACCUCGGAAGAAUGUUUGGAUAAGCUCAGCAAUGUCGGUUUUUCCAGAUUGACCUGUCUAGGUGAUGGUCACUCACCUACCUGUCAACCAGGUUGUGAAGGUGAAUGUACCAACCUGUUGGACUUGAAAGGACUGGAGACAGAUGAGUCAUGGACUGUUAAGACGUCACACCAAAGAAGUGAUGUGGUGGAUGACCAGUUAGAAGACGGUAGCAAAGCUAGUGUUCCUGAGGAUCAUAACUUAGUUCAAUUGGAUGCUAGAGGGAUUAAUCAACCAGUACUAGUUGAGCCAGUUGUUGAGGAUCAUCUAACUGAACGUGAUGAGAAUAACGAGUCAGACAGAAAUACAGCGAAAUCCUCUGAAGUAGUAGAAGAAACUAGCGAAGAGACAGUUGGAGAUAUCCAUCUGGAUAGAAUUGUACCCAGUGAUACUGCUGUAACUCCGCCCAAAUCUUCACUACUAAAGCAAGAAGGAGAUCAACUUGAAAAUCAAUUCAAAUCACCAGUUGAAGGCGGAAGUAUUUGUGAAAUAGAUGAGCCCUUGUUAUAUGGAAGCAAAAGCCAAAAUUUAUCCUUUGAUGAGGUUGAUUAUCUGGAAGACGACACAGUGGCAGCAAGUAAAAUUGAAAGUUCUGUGGGUGCCAUCGUCGUUGAAACAGAGUCAAUAUCUCUUUCUGAUUGUGCUUUGGCAAAAAUGCAACAUAGAAAUGAGAACAUUCGUAAAGAAGUUACUUCAGAGAUGAAGAGACAUCCUUCCAUUGCUUCAGAUGACAGUAUGCACAUGGAUGGCAAUGCUGAUAUGGAUGAUAAUGUUGGAACACUGGAUGGUGGUAUGAAUUCUCUAAAUGUGAGUUCAAAAACUGAGAUAAGUUCGGACAAUAUUGGUGAUUUCUUAGUCAGAGAUGAGCUGACUGAUCUGAGUUGCUGUGAUCAUGGCAUUAUUUUGGGCAAUGCUGGUGUGAGUAAUAGCGUGGCACAAAGCAUACCUGGCUUGGCUGACACAGAUGGAAUAGUUGGAACUGAAAGUAUUACACAAGUCAAACUAUGUGCUGAUAACUCUUGUGCCAAACCUCAAAUGUAUUCAGGAAAUCUAAGUGGAUUAAAUGAGAUUGAGGGUAAAAAAAACAAUGCCAAAGAAAAGGAGAUGACCUAUGAGGAUAGAGGUACAAUUCCUCUUUUAGGUUGGAAACUUGUCGUAUUGAGAAGUUUAUAUGUUCAUGUGCUUCUUGUUUAUUCUUAUCACUUGAUAUGGAGAUCAACUGAAGAUAAAUUCAAAUCACCAGUUGAAGGCAGAAAUAUUCAUGAAAGAAAUCAGGCCUUGUUACAUGGAAGCAAAAAUCAGAAUUUAUACUUCGAAGAGGUCAAUAUUUUGGAAAAGCACACAGUUGCAGCAAAUAACACUGAAAGUUCUAUGGAUGCCGUGGUGAACGAAACAGAGUCGCGGUCCCUUUCUGAUUUUUCUUUGGCAAAAAUGCGGCGUGGAAAUGAGAACAAAUCCCCAGAUCCUUCAACUAUGGUGGUGUCAGUAGACAGUGAAGUUCAAGAGAGAGCACUAAACAAUGUUAUGCAAUCUGUCCUCCUACUGGAUCAAGUGAAGUAUGGUGAUCCUGGCAUACAUAAGGAAGUAUCUUUACAGAUGAAGAGACAUCCUUCCAUUGCUUCAGUUGAUAGUAUGCACACGGAUGGCAAUGCUGAUAUGGAUGAUAAUAUUGGAACACUGGAUGGUGGUAUAAAUUCUGUAAAUGUGAGUUCGAAAACUGAAAUUAAGUCAGAUAAUACUGAUGAUUUCUUGGUCAGAGAUGAGUUGGGUGAUCUGUGCUGCUGUGAUCAUGGGAUUAUUUUGGGCAAUGCCGGUGUGAGUAAUAGAGUGUCACAAAACGAACCUGGCUUGGCUGACACAGAUAGAAUUGUUGAUACUGAAAGUAUUACACAAGUCAAUCUAUCAGCUGAUAACUUUUGUGCCAAACGUCAAAUGCAUUCAGGAGAUCUAAGUGGAUUAAAUGAAAUUGAGGGUAGAAACAAUGCGGAAGAAAAGGAGAUGACUUAUGAGGAUAGGGAAGGAGAUCAACUUAAAGAUCAAUUCAAAUCACCAGUUGAAGGCGGCAUAAUUCGUGAAAGAGAUGAGGCCUUGUUACAUGGAAGCCAAAACCAGAAUUUAUCCUUUGAUGAGGUUGAUAUUCUGGAAAAGCACACGGUGGCAGCAAAUGAUAUUGGAAGUUCUAUGGAUGCCCUGGUGGACGAAACACAGUCGGGGUCUCUUUCUGAUUUUGCUUUGGCAAAAAUGCAGCUUGGAAAUGAGAACAAAUCUCCAGGUCCUUCAAAUAUGGUGUUGCCGGUAGACAGUGAAGUUCAAGAGAAAGCAUCAAAUGAAGUUAUACAAUCUGUUCUCCAACCAGAUCCAGCAAAGUGUGGUGAUCUUGAAUUACAAGGCAAUGAAUUUGGAGUGCCAGAAAGAGUCUCAGGCGUGAAGGUUGUUGAAAGUCUCAAUGUUGGCAUUAAUCGUACGAGGACCUCCCAAGAGACUGAGGAAGUAAUUGAUCUUCUUAAUCUUAAUGAUAGGGAUGUCAUUUCUGGUGACUCAAAGGAAUCCCCCGGUUUUGAAAACUUGCAUCCCAUCUCUAUGGUUAAACCUGAAACGGGUGUCGAUUGCUCUGCUGAUUCUCCAGCUACCGAUUCUAGUCAUGGUCAAUGCUUAUUGCAUCAAGGUGAAGAAGCAACUGCAGAAACUAAAGCCUUGGAGUUAAAUGCUGCCUCGCCUUUAUUUAGCAGUUAUGGGAUAAAAAAACUUUUCAGCGACGACAAAAUAGAUGGAUUUUCAAAAUCAUAUCCAGACAUGUCGAAAGUCGAUUCAGUGAUUGAAGAUAGUGAGGAUGUGAAGAAAGGGAAAGAAAGUGCUGUUGGUAUUGCACAAGUUGCUGCAGGGCAACUUACUGACCAUGAGCAUAAAUCUGAGGAAGUUAUGGAGCUAAAAUCUACUCUGGAAAUGGGUAUUCAUUACCCUGUUGGUUCUCCUGUUACCAACUUUUCUAGUUGUGGGGACAUCGAAAGAGAUGAAUUUCAGAAAUUAGAUGCAGGUCUGAGUAAAGCCAGUCUGAUGAAUGAAGUUGGUGAGCAUGUGAAGGAAGGUAUAGAAAAUGACCUGGGAAUUGCUCAAGUUGUUGCCAAGCAACACAGUGAUCAUGGGCAGAGAAUGGCAGAUGAACUUCUGAAAUCCACUCAUCCUCCUGUUUCAGAUGGGAACACCUGUGUAAAUGAAGGACCAAAGGAGAAAGGAAUCAGGCCUAUCAACCAAGUGUUUGUUGAUCAUGAGGAUAUUGAUGAGGCUGGUGAUAUUGAAUAUUCUAAUGUCUGGGCACGUACAGGGAAAUCGGUAGAUGAUUCUGAGAUGAGUGGCAGCAAUCCUGGUGCUUUUGAUGCGCCAAUUGAUGUGCCAGCAGCAAACAGUGAUCCGAAUUACUUAAUGCAAGCUCGAAGUAAUGUGAACCCUGAUAUUGAUGAUACUAAAUUUUCAGUUGAGAGUGAGAUUGUGUCAGAACAGAAUGUAACUGCAGAUCAAUGUCCCAUAUCUGCAGAUUCAAUUUUGAGAAAAGACAAUUUGGAAUCACCUUGGGUAAGGAGUUGGGAGGCAGAUUCGGACAAAAGUAUCAGUAUUUCUUUUGCGCCAAGGGAGAACAAGACAGAUAGUCUGGUCCCUAGUCCUCCAAAGAGUUUUGUCAAUACUGUUGAUAUGAAGGAAAAUUUCAGAAACACAAAGAGCGACAAAGUUUCCAACCCAGCAGUGAAAACUUUGCAACCUAGGCCGGCAUUGAAGGAUCUCCAAAAGAAGUAG